AUGCCACCCCAACCGCCACCGCCACCAUCAAAACCCCUUAAACCCUACUUCUUCUACGGCCACCGUAGACCCUCUCAAAACCGGCCAGUAGUCCGCGGCGGCCUCUUCACCAACCGUCAAAUCGUCAAACAACAACCCCAAAAACCAUUCGAUCUCCAAAAAUGGGACCCACAACAAAACCUACCCCACCAAUCACCACCGUCGAAAUCACGACCACCACAGUCACGACACUCGCUCGCCCUCGCCCAACGCCUCUCCCCCAUUGCCAGGUUCAUCCUAGACGCAUUCCGUAAGAACAGGAACCAGUGGGGCCCAGAAGUGGUAACAGAACUCGGCAAACUCCGGAGGGUGACACCGGACCUGGUGGCCGAAGUGUUGAAAGUCGAAAACAACCCUCAGUUAGCGUCCAAGUUCUUUCACUGGGCAGGUAAACAAAAAGGUUUUAAGCAUACCUUUGCCAGUUACAAUGCUUUUGCUUAUAAUUUGAAUAGAAGCAAUUUUUUUAGAGCUGCUGAUCAGUUGCCUGAAUUAAUGGAUGCACAAGGGAAGCCACCGACUGAAAAACAGUUUGAAAUUUUGAUUAGAAUGCAUUCUGAUGCAACUAGGGGACUUAGAGUUUACUAUGUGUAUCAAAAGAUGGUGAAAUUUGGGGUUAAACCACGGGUUUUUUUGUAUAAUAGGAUAAUGGAUUCGUUGAUUAAGACACGGCACUUGGAUUUGGCUUUAUCGGUUUAUGAGGAUUUUAGGAGGGAUGGAUUGGUGGAAGAGAGUGUUACUUACAUGAUUUUGAUAAAAGGGUUGUGCAAGGCCAGGAGAGUAAAGGAAAUGAUGGAGGUUUUAGGGAGAAUGAGGGAGAAUUUGUGUAAGCCAGAUGUUUUUGCAUAUACAGCGAUGAUUAGAGUGUUGGUAGGGGAAGGGAAUUUGGAUGUUUGUUUGAGGGUUUGGAACGAGAUGAAGAGGGAUGGAGUGGAGCCGGAUGUGAUGGCAUAUGUGACUUUGAUUACGGGGUUGUGUAAAGGAGGGAGAGUGGAUACGGGGUUUGAGGUGUUUAAGGAGAUGAAGGGGAAAGGGUUUUUGAUUGAUAGGGGAAUUUAUGGGGCUUUGGUUGAGGCAUUUGUGGAGGAUGGAAGGAUUGGGUUGGCUUGCGAUUUAUUAAAGGAUUUAGUGGAUUCAGGGUAUAGGGCUGAUCUGCGAAUUUAUAAUUCACUUAUUCAAGGAUUUUGUAAUGUUAAGAGGGUUGAUAAGGCUCAUAAGCUUUUUCAGGUUACCGUUCAGGAGGGUCUGGAACGGGAUUUUAAGACUGUGAAUCCUUUGUUAAUGUCUUAUGCAGAGAUGAAAAGGAUGGAUGACUUUUGCAAGCUUCUUAAGCAAAUGGAGAAGUUGGGUUUUUCUGUCUUUGAUGAUCUCUCCAAAUUCUUCUCAUUUGUGGUUGGGAAGCCAGAAAGAACUAUGAUGGCCUUGGAAGUGUUUGAAGACUUAAAAGUGAUAGGUUAUAAUAGUGUGCCUAUCCACAAUAUACUUAUGGAGGCUCUCCUCAAGGUUGGGGAGGUGAAAAGGGCACUGUCACUUUUUGGUGAAAUGAAGGACUUGAAUGAACCUGACUCAAAAACUUAUAGCAUUGCAAUUAUAUGUUUUGUAGAAGAUGGAAAUAUCCAGGAAGCCUGUGUUAGUCAUAACAAAAUAAUUGAGAUGUCUUGUAUCCCUUCUGUUGCUGCCUAUUGUUCUCUUGCUAAAGGGCUUUGUGAUAAUGGAGAGAUUGAUGCAGCUAUGAUGCUAGUUCGUGACUGCUUAGCCAGUGUUGAAAGUGGGCCCAUGGAGUUCAAGUACAGUCUCACAAUUAACCAUGCUUGUAAAACAGGUGGUGCUGAAAAGGUGAUUGAAGUGCUAAAUGAGAUGAUGCAUGAGGGUUGUAGUCCCAAUGAAGUUAUAUAUUCUGCUAUCAUCUCUGGUAUGUGCAAGCAUGGGACAAUUGAAGAGGCAAGAAAGGUGUUUACGGAUUUGAGACAGCGUAAACUUUUGACCGAAGCAAAGACUAUUGUGUAUGAUGAAAUAUUAAUUGAACACAUGAAGAAGAAGACGGCUGACUUGGUACUGGCAGGACUGAAGUUUUUUGGUCUAGAAUCAAAGUUGAAAGCAAAGGGCAGCACGCUUCUGUCAAGCUGA